AGGUUUCGGUUGCUCACCGCUGCUUCCUUUUUGACAAUGUUUUCGGCUGUUUUAUAACCUGAAUCCGGUCUCAAUAGCUGAUCGAAGACAGGGGAUAAUCUCAAGGUUGUCCUGUGUCUUCGCGAAGGAGAUACACAGUGUUCUUGACGCUCAGGGGGUCUCGGUGCACGUUUUCUGGGGCUAGUCCACUGGAACAUCUGUCUCCUACACUUCGAGGAUGACAAAUUAGUGGAGGACUAACUGUUAAUCUCAGGAGACUUUUGUGUUAUUCAACAGAGAUGAACGGCUCCCGUCUCGGUAGGGGUCGUGGGGGCCGACUGGCCAUUUACGCUGGAUGUCUGGUGGUGAUGGCAUUAAUUGUAUUUCUUUAUCGAGCUGCAACGACGGAAAUGACGAGAUUACGAGACUUACAUGUUCAAUGUGCCCAUCAGCAAGAGGCAUUGGCAGCACAGCUUCAAGUAAUUUUUGAAUAUAAAGUUCGCCUGGAGAAGUCCCUCGCGGAGGAGAAGAACUCGAAUGCCUUAGCAAAGCAAGAACUCCAGCAACGUGCCACCAGAGAAAAAUCCCUGAGAGAUAAAGACAGUGUUGAGGCUCUACAGAGGUUCAACUCACUCCAACAGCAGCACAAACUGCUGCAAUCCGAGCAGCAGGACUUGAAGGAGGAGUGCGCAAAAAGAGAAAAAUUAGCAUUGGAGAAUGCCAAACAACUGGAGUCCACCCUCCAGGAUCUUCGCAGUCAAAUUCGAGUGAAGAAUAAAGACAACGGCGAUAAGGAGAAAUUGAUUGAGAGUCUCAAGAAUAAAUAUUUCAAACUCGACACUGAGAGAAAGGAAAUUCAGGACAAAUACGACGAAUUGACUAACAAUAAUUACGACAGAGAUGGAACUAUUGCUCAUCUGGAAAAAGAGGUGUUUCAGCUCAAACGAGAAUUGGAUAACAUUAAGCCAUCCUGUAAAGCAACGUCUUCAGACCCUAGUUUAUUAUAUGCACAUGUGUAUCAAUUAAACAUGCAACAAAGUGUAGCACCCAAAAUAGCCUCGUCUCGAUCGCAGGACAAUUCAACGGCCAGUCUAUCGAAACAAAUUGUUGAAAGUGCUACCACAUCGUUGAAAAGGUUGGAGCCAUCGUCGACGGAAAAAUCCCAACUAUUUAAUUCACCCGCGGGUCCAAUGAAACAGGUGUCACGACUUAAAUUGCCCAUGGGUGUAGUACCAAUUCCGAAGAUGCUCGAGGAGAGAAGGACGAAGCAGGAGGGGAUGACCUCAGGCGAGAGUAAAAAUGUCCAAGGUGAUGUACAUGCCUCGCCAUUGGAGAAUGCAGAGGACAAGUUGAGAAAGGUAAAAGUCCAGAAAAUGGUGGAUAAAAAUUCACACGACGAAGUGGGACGGAAUGAGGAUGGACAUGCUGGUAAGCAGCAUGAUUUCAAUCAGAAGGACAACGCACUCUGGGUGCCCAGGGUUAAGCCGGGCUUCCAAGAAAUUGGAGAACUCAAUCGCGAGGAGAAACUUUCUGAGGUGGAUGAUGGACGACUUCAAGAUGUUGAAGAGCAGGAGGAUGAUUACAGGGAGCCACUGCAGGGAGAGGAAGACCAGGACGAGGACGAUCAAAUAGAAGACGAUCAGAUAAAGUAGCGAAUACAGUGGAGCAUCAAUCAUUGGCUCGCCAAAUGGUGAAUCUGUCAAUGUGCGCCUCGAAAUAUCCAUAAAUCGUAUUUUUCCAUAGACCUGCGAUGACUGACAAACUGUUUGCGAUGAAACUGAGUGACACCUAGACAUGUCCCAAUAAUGCAUUUAUGUUCAAGGAACUCCCAGACGGGAUUCACCUUUUUUAUUUCCCACGAUGAUUUCAGAUGGAGAAUAGUUCUCUCGGCUGAACAAUUUCAAGACUGUUCUAAUAACUUUAAUUACAUGUACAGAAUUUUUAAUUUAGUUUCAACGUCGAUUGCGUCAUUGCAAGCGUUAUGUAUAGAAUAAUACGCGUAAUUAAUUCACACUAGGUUAAACGAACUUAUUAAUCUCGAGGUUUAUAUGUUUUUAAGAGUAAAAUAGCAAAAUGUAAAUAAUGGACAUGAGUUUUAAUAAAUAAUGUUGCUGGUAGCUGA